AUUCUGAGUGUUUCUGUGAGGGUGUUUUUGGAAGAGAUUAACAUUUAAAUGAGUGGGCUUGAGUAAAGCAGAUUGCCCUCCUUACUGUAGGUGGGCCUCAUCCUGUCAGUUGAAAGCCUAAAUAGACCUGUCCACCUCCCGCACACCCCCACAAACCACCCCCACCUCCAAGAAGAGAGAAUUCUGAUUCCAACUGAAACAUCAGCUAUUCCUGCUAGAUAGCCUUCAAACUGGGACCUCAGCACCUGGUUCUACACCACCUUUUGGCCUUCAGACUCAACCUGAGACAUCAGUUCUACAGAGUUCAGGUUUGCCAGCCUCCUCCAUAACAUGACCAAAAUGAAGAAGACAUCCCAGAUCUGCCAAUCCAAACUGCCAGACAACACUGCCUUGAAGCAGCAGCAAUUGCCCGCCUACCGGUUACAGCUCUCAGCCACUGGAGUCCUCUCUGGCUUUUUUGCCACAGGAGCAUUCUGCCUUGGUGUGGGCAUCAUCCUUAUAUUGUCUGCAAAGAGUAUCAAGGAAAUAGAGAUUAAAUACACAAAAAUAUGUGCAAAUUGUGCAGAACUGCGAGAAGAUGCUAUUAAUUUUGACAAAGAAUGCACCUGCUCUAUUCCCUUUUACCUUUCAGAGACAAUGCAGGGCAAUGUUUAUUUGUACUACAAGUUAUAUGGCUUCUAUCAGAAUCUUUAUCGAUAUAUUCUAUCCAGAAGUAAUAGCCAACUGGUGGGUACAGAUUUAAAGGAUGUUGGAAACUGUGCUCCAUUUAGCAAGUCCCACAAUGGGACCCCCAUCGCUCCUUGUGGUGCUAUUGCCAACAGCAUAUUCAAUGAUACCAUCAUUCUUUCCUACAACCUUAAUUCAUCUAUACAUAUGGAAGUCCCAAUGCUAAGGAGCGGAAUUACAUGGUGGACAGACAAGUAUGUCAAGUUUCGGAAUCCAAGUGCCAUUAAUCUUUCUAGUGCAUUUACAGGAACCGCAAAGCCCCCAUACUGGUCUAAACCUGUCUAUGAACUGGAUUUAGAGGAUACAGGAAACAAUGGCUUCCUCAAUGAUGACUUCAUUGUGUGGAUGCGGACAGCUGCCUUUCCCACUUUCAAAAAACUAUACCGUCGACUCAAUCGAGUACAGUAUUUUAUUGAAGGCUUGCCUGCUGGUAACUACAGUUUCAACAUUACCUACAAUUUUCCAGUAACCAGGUUCAAAGGAGAAAAAUCAGUUGUUCUUUCCACCCUGACAUGGAGUGGAGGCAGUAGCCUUUUCUUAGGUCUCGCCUACACAGUGACAGGAGCUGUGACAUGGUUGGCUGCCUUUUCCAUGAUGGCAAUCCACUUGAUGCUGAAAGAAAAGAGAACGCUCUUCAUCGAGCGGUAAAGUCAAGUUUUAAAAAGAAAACAAGAAAACACAGAGAUGGACAAUGAAGCAACUAACAGAGCCAAUGAUUUCUGACAAGGCUUGAAAUGACUGGGAUGUUUCAUCAAGGGGAACUGGAUUGACCGACCAAGUGCAAUCCCAGAAAGAUAAAUACUGAGAGUUUCAGGGUGAAGAAGAGGAAGAAGAGGGGGAGAAAGCGGGGGAGGAGGAAGGAUGGAGCAGCAUAAUUAUGUAUUUAAUAAAAUGUCCUUGGAAUGGGAAAGAUAA